UAUAGUGACUUUUCGAAGCGCUGAAUAUUUGUGAAUGAAUUGGCUUCUCCGGCUCCUCCCAUCGGCGCGCGCAUAUCACCCCAAACUUAGUGGUAAAACUAUAAGACAUGGAGUGAGAGCUCAGUCAUAACAUAUCGCUCAGACAACACCGGGAGAGUAUUUGAAGCCAAAGUCUCAUAGCUUCACUGUGAUUUAUAAUUUAUUUUUAAGUGUGUACGUUGAGUGAGAGUACAGAAAACAGAGAAAUGAGUGCGUACGACAAUAUGUGCGUGCUGAUAGACGCGACUUUGCUUCCUCGCGUUGUCCCCAGUAAUUCUUCUACCUCAAGCUACACAAACAAGAAAAUCUUCCUUCGGAAAACAGUCGGGUGGGCGCGUCUACUACUGCUGUUCCUACUAGUGGUGAGCCCCGCCUCCGCCGGGCCCGUCAGGGAGAGGAGGACGCACCGUCCCGCCACACACGCCCGACACACAAGCCUAGAGUGGCAGAUCACACAACAGAGACUCAGGAGAUCCGAGCCACGCCAUCACUCUAGCAGCAGUAGCAGCAGCAGCAGUAGAGGAGGAAGCAGGUACAGCAGCAUGGGAGACCGCACCGAUGAGGCGACCAGCAGCAGGAGCCGUAGGAUGGCGACGGUUCACUGGUCGCAGCCAUGCACAGGGCUGGUCAGAAACCCCGACAACACCCAGAGUGACCUAAGCAGGCACAUCCUGCACGAGCUGUCCACUGCCCACAGCUUCUUGAUCGACUUCAGGAUUAAAUACGCGCGGUCAGCGAUGGACUCCAACCAGCCUGAUGCGUGGGAGGCUCUUCUUGCUGAGACACCACAAUUCAAGUAUGAUUUCCUGAACGCCAUUCCGCCAGAAAAUCCAAAUGACUUCAACUCGCAGCUGCUGCACGCUUACGAAAAGAUGCAGCGGCUGGCAGUGGGCAUCGAGCAGGUGACGCUGGACCAGGCGCUCUACGAGGGCAAUCUGCUGCAAGACUUCCGCACUAUAGAGACGCAUAUUGUCAAAAUUUUGUGCCAGCUUCACUACGCCAUGGUGCACCAGGAACUGAAGCCCCCGAUGAACGUGACGAAGGAGAUCAUGGACGAGAACUACCGAGACCUGGACGGCACCUCGGCACGUACCAUGAGGGACUCCGUCAUCGUGUUGGAAUACAACUCUGCCGUCGACAAACUGAAAGACAUCUUCGUUACCUUUGAGAACCAGUGACUCCCCUUUCUUACCCCGUCAUUCUGAGUCCUCUGUCGCCCCUAUCCUCCUUUACCUCCUCCUCCUCUUCCUCAUCUUUGUCCCCCAACCCAUCGCCAACAAGCGACCUCAUACAAUACUCGUCACGCCUCCGACCGACCCACCCUCCGCAAACCCCAAGAAACAAGUGACGCGCGGCGGGUGACGGAAGGAGGCGUCUCCGUCACAAGGAGGAAUAAAAGGAAGGUACCGAAGUGUUCCUGCAACAGAAAACCAACUCAAACGAAUCAUAUUAUCAGGAUUUAAGAUGGAGCUUAAACAUGGAAAAUCAGUGUCGUCGGUUUAAUUUACAAGUCCCACAAGUCGUGUUUCAGUUGUUCACCAGUAUUGUUAGUUGUCCCGCGAGUCGAGGUGGGUCACUGGCUCGGCCCGACAUCGGAAAUUCAAAGAGCUAAAGUACUCGAAAGAAAAUGGUAGAGAAGAACACGACGACCUCCAAGCGUCAGGUACUGCUUUUGAUCGCCGAGUCCCGUGCGUUGUUUAGACAAUAAGCAGUAUAGUGGAAGAAAAUGUUACUCGUUUCAAUCAACUUUAACAAGAGUCAUUCGUGUACUUAUACUUUGUCGGUAAUGAUUCAAGAGAAUAAACUGUGAUAUAUUUAUUCUGUAACUUAUAGUAUUUAUUGUUUAUUUUAUUACGACUUUUUCAUUCAUGCUGUAACUACUACUACUACUUAUUCUACUACUAUUACUAUACUACUACUAUGCCUACUACUACAACCACUACUGUCAUUCGUGUCUUUGUCGAUGAGCAGUUUGUUCCUACGAAAUGUUAUAAUAUCCUCUUGCUCAAGCGUCGCCAUCCUCCUGUCUCACUAUUGGCUCUGACAACGUCUCCUGUGUUCCGAUUGGCUGGCUGGUCCCUUUCAUGUGUCCUGUAUUAUUUGUUACAUUUGUGUUAUCGCUGAGCUGUAGGUGAAUGUUGUUGUUGUCGUUGUCUUAAUUAUGUUGUGUUAGAUUGUUAAGUUUAUUUUUUUUUCUGUAGGCUGACACUGCUCAGGCACGGCCAUUACUGGACCACUGACUGUUCGUAUACAUACAUAAAUACAUGUAUAUAUAUGGAAGGAAGCAUUAGGGGGACAGAGGGCAGUCGGUAAAACUUAAAGAUUUACCACGUCAGCGUCCCUCCCUCAGUAUUUCUCUUUCUCUCGUAUAAGAUUCUCAUAAAGCGUUAAGAGCAUGUGGGGACUGGUUGCAAUGUUCCUGCCACAAGACAGAUCUGAUAGUUACUACCUUUAUCUUAUGUCAAAAGCCUAAGGUUGAUUGUUUGGCUGAUUGCUCGCUCGAUGGAUGACUUAAUCGAGUGUGUGUGAGUGUGAGUGUGAAUGUGAGUGAGUGAGUGGGUGUGGCUAUUGGUUUCCUGGGAGAGGGAACGAGGAGGCUCCUCCUAUCUUGGCUCACAUUAUAUUUUCACAGUUUGGAGGCUAAAAUUCUAUGUUGAAAUCUUCUGAUCCUUCUAGUUUUUGUUAUCAUGCAUGUGUUUGAUCGGGAAAUUAUAUAAGUUGGACUUAAAAAAAAUUAUAAAAAUUUUUCUCAUGUUUCGGUACCCUUGUAUGCACCAAAAAUUACUCCUCUGCCAGCGGGACGUGGUGCGCAAGUCCAGCGAUGUACAAACAUUUCUAACAUUCCAAUAGUUCUGGUUUUCACUCUGUCUCAAUAGGUAUCCACGGGAUUAAUGUAUAAGUCAGUGAGCCGCGUAAGCCCCUCCGCUCCUCUCCCUGCGCCAGCCUCCCUCACGACUCCGAGUGAUUCAAACGCUGGACUCAUUGAGGACAGACUGGGAAGGAAUUUGUUAUCCUCACACACACACACACACACACACACACACACACACACACACACACACACACACACACACACACACACACACACACACACACACACACACACACACACACACACACACACACACACACACAGUUUUCCUAAGACUUAGCUUUGUUAACUCUUGUUUUGUUUUUCAUUCACGUUGUUUAUUCCUUGUCUCCUUCUCCCCCUUUUCUCUCUCUUGUUCUCUUCCGCCUCCCAGCAUCCCCAGAGUCCAAAGUCUGCCCCCCUCCCCCUCUAGACACUCAACAGUGGAGCAGCAGCCUUCGUAGCUCUUGUGUUGUAGAUUUUUUAUACCUAUAUUUAUUGUUUGUAUAUUUUAAAUAAAUUAAAUGUCCAUAUAUAUCUAU